GGGUCGCCCGCGCUGACCUGUCCCCGUCCUCUUUCUCGUCCUUUCAGGUCCCCGCAGAGGCGGCGGUGGCGGCACCAUGUCGGAGCUGACUGCCUUGGAAAGUCUCAUCGAGAUGGGCUUCCCCAGGGGACGCGCGGAGAAGGCUCUGACCCUUACGGGGAACCAGGGCAUCGAGGCCGCUAUGGACUGGCUGAUGGAGCACGAAGACGACCCUGAUGUGGACGAACCUCUAGCGACGACUCCCCUUGGAAAUGUCCUGGGACAGGAACCCACGUCUUCGGAGCAAAGUGACGCUGAAGGACCCGGGUCUACUGUGGAAGAAAAACCCGGUUUGAGUGAAGAGGAAAGACAAGAGCAGACUAAAAGGAUGAUGGAGCUGGUGGCACAGAAGCAACGGGAGCGAGAAGAGAGAGAGGAGCGUGAGGCGUUGGAACGGGAACGGCAGCGCAGGAGACAGGGGCAGGAGUUGUCCGCAGCUCGACAGCGGCUACAGGAAGAUGAAAUGCGCAGAGCUGCUGAGGAGCGCAGGAGGGAAAAGGCUGAAGAGUUAGCAGCCAGACAGAGGGUUCGAGAAAAGAUUGAAAGAGAUAAAGCGGAGAGAGCCAAGAAGUACGGUGGCCCUGUGGGUUCUCAACCGACCCCUUCAGCAACAGAGCCAGGUCCUGUUCCCUCCUCUCCCAGCCAGGAACCUCCCACCAAGAGGGAAUAUGACCAGUGUCGCAUCCAGGUCAGGCUGCCGGAUGGGACUUCACUGACCCAGACAUUCCGGGCCAGGGAACAGCUGGCUGCUGUGAGACUCUAUGUGGAGCUCCACCGUGGGGAGGAACCUGGAGGAGACCAAGACCCCGUGCAGUUGCUCAGUGGCUUCCCCCGACGGGCCUUCUCAGAGGCUGACAUGGAACGGCCUCUGCAGGAACUGGGACUCGUGCCUUCUGCUGUCCUCAUCGUGGCCAAGAAAUGUCCCAGUUGAGGGGCCUCUACCCCAUCCCCCACCUCUGACCUUUUCAUCUUUGAUAAGCACUGACACCCCCAUCCUAAUAAAUAGACUUUCUGAGUUCUGUAC